CUUUUGUCAGGAUUCUCUUGUACCCCUACUACACCAAGCGAAGGACUAGAAGCACAAAGGUUUUAAUGAGCCAGCCCCCACCAAAGUUCGAGUUUCAUUAAAGAGAACGAAACCAAGAAGAAUCCUCUCAUUUACUUCGCCGACGACGACGACGACGACGACAUGAAGCCGCUCAUGGCGAGAAACUCCCAGGACUUCUCCUCCAAGCGACACUUCCACUGGACCAAGAAGGUCGGAGCCGAUGAGGACAACGACCAAGAGCAAGAAGGAGAACGAGACCGUGCUGCUCAUGUUGUCCACGCUCUUCUCGGCGAACAUGAAAGGAAGAGCAGCGAGCCGCAGGACAAGAAGGGCAAGCUGCGACCUGACCGAAGCAGCGAGGAAGUCGUCGUCGCCCAUGACUCGGUCUCUCCAUCCCCAACCGCCAAGAAGAAGCUCCAGGCCAUUGCCGUCUCCAAGCUCCGGUCCGUCCUCGUCCAAUUCGCCAAGAACGUCCGGUCUCAUUCUCCGGGCGGCGGCGGCGGCGGCCUCGGGUCGAGAGUCGUGGGCACCAUCUUCGGCCGACGCCGAGGCCACGUCCUGUUCUCGCUGCAGAAAGACGCGAGCUCUCAGCCCGCCUUCCUGGUCGAGCUCGCGACCCCCAUCAGCGGGCUGGUCAGGGAGAUGGCCUCUGGCCUGGUCCGUAUCGCGCUCGAGUGCGACAAACCGGCCCAGAACAACGGCGGCAACAGCAACAGCAGCAGCAGCAGCAGCAACAGCAACACCAAGAGGUUAUUGGAAGAACCCGUGUGGAGGACUUACUGCAAUGGGAAGAAGUGUGGGUUUGCAGCAAGGAGAGACUGUGGGCCUAAGGAGUGGAAGGUCCUGAAGGCAGUGGAGCCCAUUUCGAUGGGUGCUGGCGUCUUGCCCCUGGACGUUGAAGAAGAAAAAGGAGGAGGAGGAGGAGGAGGCCAUGAGAGCGGUGGUCCAAGCGGCGGCGAGGGCGAGAUGAUGUACAUGAGGGCCAAGUUUGAGAGGAUCGUGGGGUCAAGAGACUGCGAGGCCUUCUACAUGAUGAAUCCAGAUUGCAAUGGAGCUCCUGAGCUCAGUGUCUAUCUGCUCAGGGUCUGAAGCAAAACGAAUGCCAUGGAAGCUGCUCUCUCUGUCUCUCUCCGAGCAGAGUCCUCCGAGAACCUUUUUUGUGUUUUGGGCCUUUCGGGUUCCGGUGCAAGAAGCAUGCUAAUGGUGACCUUGUUUA